CCAUUAGUUUUGUGACGAUAUAGUGCGCUGAUAAAAAAUAUCGCAGUGAAGACUCAUUUAUUUGUCAACAUAGAAAUGCUAAAUCUGUCGUAUUACUUUUAUAACAUUAUUUUAUAAGAUGUUAAAUAUGUUUUUUUCUUUUGUCCUUAUUGUAAUAUAAUACCAAAACGUGUUUGAUUUACAAGCAUUAAUAAAUAUACAUUGCCAAAGUAAAAUAAAAUUUAUCAUGAUGCCACAUGAUCAUGGAAUCAUUAUUAAUGCCGAAAAUGAAAAUAUCACUAUUUCACGUUUGAGGUGUUUUUGGACCAAGGAUUGUUUAAUCACUGACUUCUUAGAAUACUUAUUCGGGCAUCGAGAUGUGCCCGGUCCGAUCAGUAGCGAACCCGUUGUUAUUGAUGGUGGGAAAAGUUGGCUAUCGUUGAGUUGGGGUAAAGCAGAAAGACGAGGACCUGCACCGGUGAUCGCUUAUAAAGUCGAAGCGUGGUUGUUAGGCAGUGACGGAGGUGCACGAUGGGCAGAGUUGGGAGUUACACCGAUCAAUGCAUUCGACGCAUUCAAUUUGCGAGCAGGUGGAGAGUACAAAUUUCGCGUAACACCGCGAAAUCGUUACGGAUGGGGCGAACCAGUUACAAUGACGAAUUCAGUGUUGGUAAUCGAAAGUACAGAUCUUCCAGAAUUCACAAAAAUUCUACCGGGUCAAUUAAAGGCUCUUGAAGGAACACCGGUAAAAUUGGAAUGUGAGAUUCGCAGUGAUUCCAAAGUGGAAGUACGAUGGUAUCGGGAAACAACGGAAAUUAAUCCAUGUAAUGACUCAAGAUUUGCGAUAUAUCAUAAUGGUUCUAAAUGUUCUUUGACGAUUGCAAAUAUUAAGGAGGAUGAUUCUGGAAGAUACGUUUGCGAAGCAAGCAAUAGAAUCGGUAAAGUGUCGUCGUUUGCUAGAAUUCUCGUUGUUACUGAUCCAAGAAUUAUCGAGGCCGAUGCUAAACUUAAAACGAGUUUAAGUAUCGAACCGGAAGACAAACCGCCGCACUUUACCAUGAGGAUACGGGACAGACGAGUGCAAACAACUUAUCCAGUAAGACUUACUUGCCAGGUCAUCGGACAUCCUGUUCCAGAAAUUACUUGGUACAAAGACGGAACGGAACUCUCUCAAGAUGAUCGCCAUAUCUAUUGGGAUAAUGACUCGAACUUUCAUACUCUGGAAAUAAUUCAUUCCGCUCUCGAAGACUCUGGAUGUUACAUGGUGACAGCGAGGAAUAUAAACGGCUCGGUGUCUUGUCGAUGUACUCUCGUGGUGGACAAAGGAAUUCGGGCCUACGUCGCACCCGAGUUUCUUCGUGAGCUCGACGUGGCCUACACGAUUCAUUCAGGCGGAGAACUACGAAUGUCGGCACAACUUGAAGCCUAUCCGAGUGUUGGUGUCGUCUGGCAUCGCGAUGGUAUUCGCCUGCGACCGAGUAGAAGAGCGAUAAUGACACUGAGCCAUGACGGCACAGUCCAAUUUUCUCUGGCUAAUGUUACUGUACGAGAUGCAGGAGUUUACAGUUGCACUGCAACGAAUGUAGUCGGUCAAACUGAGACAUCCACCAGGGUAGCUGUUACAGCUGCGAUCCAGGAUCAAUCGUCCAUCGAUGGAUCAUCCAAAAUUACAUGUCCAGAUAUACCACAUUCGAAGGAGCCUCUUUUCGUCACGAAACCUCUAUCAACCGAAGCGCUCGAGGGCGAUACAGUUGUCAUUCUUUGUGAAGUGGUCGGAGAUCCUAAGCCGGAAGUAAUAUGGUUGCGCGAUUUUCUCAAGCCCGACUAUUAUAGGGACGCACCUCACUUCCGACUGGUGGAUGCAGGGCCACAAUAUCGGUUGGAAAUACCUUACGCUAAGCUCGACUUUACUGGAACAUAUUCCGUGAUAGCUCGCAACUGCCAUGGAGAAGCUAAAGCUGUAAUUUCCUUACAGAUAUAUGCCAAAGGACAAGGCAAAGACGAACAAACGCAGAAAUCUCUUCAUGGAAAAGUAUUGACACUGCCGAUUAUAAAGAGAGAAUUGCGAGAUCUUCGGUGUUGCGACGGUGACGCUAUCUCCUUGGAGUGUAAGGUUUAUGCCACACCAGAACCACCUUUGAUUCGUUGGGAACGUGGAGGCAAAAUUAUAGCCAUGGUGGGCGAUUUUGCUUCCGAAUUCGAUGGUGAAACGGCACGAUUGAGUAUCCAGCAUGUCUAUCCCGAGGAUGAGGGAGAAUACACGUGUGUGGCUUACAACGACCUUGGAAAAGCAUAUACGUCAGCCUGUUUAGUUGUAGAUGUCCCCGAAGGAAAAGAAAGUAUAUUGAGCCAAAGAUUGACGAGACCAAUGGGUCUGCUGUCAGCAGGAUCGACUCCGAGAUCAACACCACGAUCGACGCCUAUUCGAAGCUUGUCACCGGCGGUUUCACAUGGGCGCGAACUCAGAUCACCGCAAGUUCUGCUACGAGGUGACAUAUCAAGGAAGCCGAAAGUUUGCCCGCCGAAAUUUUAUGCAGUGCCGCACAAUCGUCUGGUUCAGGAAGGCGAAACUGUGCGUUUCCAGUGUGCUGUAGUUGGUCAUCCGGUGCCUUGGAUAAAAUGGGACAAGAAUGGUACCGUUGUAACACCGAGCACGAGGAUCUCCAUUAAAGAACGGGAUGACGUUAAGAUACUUGAAAUCGUCGACGUAAUACAAGAAGAUGCCGCUCUUUACCGAGUGACAGCAGAAAACGAUUUCGGUAGAAUUGAAGCCAGUGCUCGUCUCGAAGUAAUAAAUCGAUACGAAGCGACAAGUCGAACUAUCAGAACUAGAAGUGCCUCACCUAGAACAUACCCUUCGUUUGACCGAAGUCUUCUGCCAACUACCAGUAGAAUAAACAGCCGUCUGCAAUUGGAAUGCCGCGUAAGAGGAACGCCGAGCGUGACAUCAACGUGGUAUAGAAAUGGGCGACCGUUGGAGCGAUCCUCCAGAAUAAAAAGACAUUUCGAUGGCACAACUGCUAAAAUCGAAAUACCAAAAGUGAAAGCAAGUGAUGCGGGUGAAUACACCUGCGUAGCGACUAAUAUUCUUGGGUCAAUAAGAAGCAGUUGUCAGGUGACCGUGUUAGAUCCCCACAACUCGUCUAUUGCGGACAAAAAUCCACCGCGAUUUCGGCAAUCAUUGCCAACAGAAUCAAUUGUCAUGGAGAAUUAUUGUUAUGAAUUUCAAACCGGAAUUACGGGUACACCUCCUUUCACGAUUACUUGGUCCAAAGAUGGUCGUAAAUUACCUGACAACGAUUAUUAUAAAUAUAUUGUAUAUGGAGAUGGAGGUAUUGCUCUUAGAAUAUCGAAAGUUCGUCCACAAGAUGCUGGUGAAUAUACCUGCGUUGUACAGAACGAUUUUGGUGUUGCAUCAUGCAGUAGUCUUUUUGCCGUGCAAGAUUACAAGGACACUGUCAAGUUGCCGCUACAAUUUACAAAAACUCCGCUAUCAGUUAUUGCCGCUAAAGGCAGUACGGCUUGUUUCUGUGCAAGAGCACAGUGUGGGAAAUCUAUGGAAAUUAUUUGGAAAAUUAAUGGAAAAGAUGCUCGAGAAAAUGCAAGAUGCAAAAUUGAAAAAGAUGGUAGUGUCAGCAUCUUACGAAUACGUGACAUAUCAUUACGCGAUACAGGAGAGAUUCGAUGCAUAGCUACCGUGAAUGGAAAGGGUCCGACCAUCAGUUGCAUUGCCAAGCUGCAGUUACAAAAUUCGUUAUACAAUUUCAGUGACUUCGCGAAGAAGUCUGAAGAUAUUCAAUCUCGUGCAGAGGUCAAAUUAUCAUUAACAAACCCUAAUCUUGCCAGCAUGCCGGAAAAAAUGGCAAAUCAAUCGUCAUUAAAAUGUCGAAGACAUCACGAUAAGUCGCUAAUACGUACCAGAUCAUCUUCGUUUCCUCGAUGUACUGCAUCGAAUACUAAACAUAUUUCUCCUUUGCCAAUGAGAAAACAUAUUUCUAAUAAUGCGUCAAAUAAUGUCCACAACUCACGGUUUGCUGACGAUUUACCUAUACAAAGAAUUAUAAAGAAAAGUUUAGACAGUAACCUUUUCCAAUUUUCAAAAUAUCAAAGAUUAAAUGAAAAAGAUAUAGCUAAUUCUUCCGUAAAAUUGUUAUCGCCAAGAGAAAUGGAACAAUGCCGUCAGAACAUUGACUCUACACCGAGCAAGAAACAUGUGGAAUCGUAUCCAGAAGAGUUGAUAAAAGCUACGAUAAUAAAAGAACCAACUGACAUUAGCGUAUUUAAAGGAAACAGGACAGUAAUCAAAGUAACUUACGAAGGGUGUCCCGAACCAACAGUCAAGUGGCUUCAAGUGAAUCGAGAAUUGCAACCAGGCGAGAAAAUUGGAAUUGUCAGCAGGGACGGUACAUCUUAUCUGACGCUGGACGAUGUGACAUACGAUCACGCUGGAAAAUACCAAGUCUCAGUGGAAAAUCCUUUAGGCAAAGCUCGAAGAUUCUUUAGCUUAGCUGUGGAAGGUCCACCCGUAUCACUCGCGGAUAAACCGAGUGUAAGCUUCAACGCUGGCCAGAUUACAAUCGUUUGGCGAUCUCCCUCUUACGACGGAGGUCGAACUGUGACCGGAUAUACUGUGGAAGCAAAACGUGCCGGUGAAAGCACGUGGAUGACAAUUGCAGAGUCUUGUCAUUCGCUGAGUCAUACGGUAGCAAUAACUGGAAAGAAUUUCGUGACACCGGGUGAGAGUUACUGUUUCCGCAUCCGAGCUGAAAAUAUCCACGGACUCAGCGAUCCUGGCAUGGAAUCCGACCCUGUCAGAAUCCCAAAACAAGAAGAAACGAUGCUUCAAGAGGAAGAAGACGAAUUUGAAGCGAGCUUUGAAGCUCGUUUAGUAGUACCGGAAGAGGGCAAACUUUUUGGCGAAAGAUACGACGUUCUCGAGGAAUUAGGAAAGGGACGAUAUGGUGUAGUGAAGAAAGUCAUCGAACGAUCGACAGGCAUGAAUUUUGCUGCCAAAUUCGUUAAAACGAUUAAAGCGAAAGAUCGCGAACAGGUUCGCGAAGAGAUUAAAAUUAUGAACGCAUUACGGCAUCAGAAGCUUCUACUACUGGCUGCCGCUUACGAAAGUCCUCGUGAAACAGUGCUGAUCACGGAAUACAUUUCAGGUGGAGAACUGUUCGAGAGAGUAGUGGCUGACGACUUUACUUUAACCGAAAGGGACAGCAUUCUCUUUAUGAGACAAAUUUGCCAAGGAGUCGAAUAUAUGCAUCAAAAUAAAAUUGUGCAUCUAGAUUUGAAACCAGAAAAUAUAAUGUGCCGUACGCGAACUUCUCAUCAGAUUAAACUAAUUGACUUUGGAUUGGCCCAGGCUUUAAAAUCUGAUACACCGAUUAGAGUACUUUUUGGCACACCGGAAUUUAUUCCACCGGAAAUUAUAAGUUACGAACCUAUCGGCACUGAGUCAGAUAUGUGGAGCGUCGGUGUAAUUUGUUAUGUUCUAUUGACCGGUUUAUCGCCAUUCAUGGGAGACAAUGAUGCUGAAACUUUUGCGAAUAUUACACGAGCGGAUUACGAUUUAGAAGACGAAGCUUUCGAUGCCAUUUCGAAUGACGCUAAAAAUUUUAUCAGCAGUUUACUUGUUAAACGAAAAGAAUUACGCAUGUCUGCCACGCAAUGCUUGGAACAUCCGUGGAUGGUACAACAUGCUACGGCUAUGAGCAGAGUAGUUUUGCCGACAGAAAAACUAAAGAAAUUCAUCAUACGGAGAAAGUGGCAGAAAACAGGAAAUGCUAUUCGCGCGUUGGGAAGAAUGGCGAUUCUUUCGUCGUAUGGUAGACGUAAUCCCACAACAAUAGCAGAAUCACCUACACUUGAACAACAGUUCGAUAGCAUUGAGAUGCAAGAUUCUGAUGGAAUUAAAUCAAUUCGUACUACUGUUGAUGAAGAUACAGAACACGAUGAGGCAAGUACGAAAGAAAACUCUGUGGAAACGCAGACAAAUUCGACGUUUGUGGCGGAAGUAAAUAUGACAGUACAACAAACAUCGACAAAGGAAGAAAGUAGCUUAAAUGAUUUUUCAAAGCGAAUGAAUAUUGAAAAAGAGAUGCCUAGAUUAGACACCGAAUUAAUACCAAAGGCAGAAGACAUUCCAGAAAACGUCAUGGAGCAUUUAGAGCUUUUAGUAUCGAAAGAAAAUAAGGAAAACAACAAAGAAACAAUUGAUAGAUCUUCUGAAAUAGAACAACAUAUGAUUCUAAAGUCGCCGACGUUGCAUAAGAUAUUUCGAGGUGAUUCACGCGAUUCUGGAAUAGGUGAUUGCAGCUCGAGCUUAGCGACUUCUUCAUUACAAGUAGAUGAACUAGGAAUGGUGUCAACUAUUAAAGAAGAAAUAGAUUCUGAGACUCACGAUCGAGAAAGCAAACGAACCUUAGAAAAAGAAGAAGAUUGGCGAAAUUUAACGGCAGAAAUCUUAGUAAGUUUAGUACAAGACAAAGAAACUCUUCUUAGCGACACGGAAAUUACUGAGGACGAUGGCAAGGUAGCUACAAAGUGUAACUUGACUAAAGCUUCGUGUGAAACUAAUUCUGUGCAGAAAGUUAUCGACGAGAAUACGGACACAAGGAUAUUAAGCAGACAUAAUCACGAUAAAUUUCUUCCAACCGGAAACGUAAGUCGUACAGCCAGGAUAUUUGAAAGAGAAAGUGAAGGCUCAAGUUUGAACAAUUCGCAAGUUUCGAUGGCACAGCGUGCGUAUCCUGCCACUAUAAUCACAGGAAAGCCGCACAACGAGAGAAUACAGAAAGCUUUCGCAUUCUGGAACAAAUAAAAAAUAUGUUUUGAAAUACACAUUGAAUAGUACACAAAUCGGAGUAUGUAAAUGAAUCGUCGUAUCAUUUUCAAGUAAAAUAGAAACAUAUUGUUUGCGAGAAGUCACGAAUUUGUAGAAAGAUUGUACUUUAGAUACGUAUAUAGAGGCGUGGUAUACAAUUCAUUAAACAGUCAGAAUUUUUGCAUGUUUCUAACAUUGAAAAAUAAAUUUCCAUUAAUUUAUCAAUUAUAUUAACACAAUUUCGAUUUGAUGGAAGAGAUAUGCUCUUAUUGUUAGAAUGAGCGAUUAUUUCCAUGGAGAAUUUAUCCAAACAACAAUUUUUAUUAAUCGUGUCGCAGCAAGCGGAAAAAUUUGAGUCUCAAACUUGUUGUAUUAAAUAUAACCCGCUUUUUAGUGUUUUUUUAUUUAAACGCUAAUUGUAUCCACAAGUUGAAAGAAAUACUUUUGCUAUAUCGAAAUAUAUAUAUAUUUCGUCAUUUUAUUUUUCAGUUUCAAAAAUAAUUUCAAAGUAUACGUUAUUGCUGCGUAGAUAUACAAUUGGCACUUUUAUUAGGUAACAUGUUUUAAAAUACGUGUAUUGACGAACAUCGUUAACAAACGUAUACAUACAUAUAUACAUAUGUACAUAAUUGAAUAAGCGACCUUUCGCUAAAUAAUUGAUGAUAUUAUAUCCAGUAUUAUGUUUGGCAGAAUGCAUAAGUAUACUUUGAAUUUGAGAUUGUUGAUUUGCGAACAUGUCCCCGCAGUUGUAUCGUAAAGAUGAGACGAACAAUCUGUAUUAUUACUAUAAGUUAUUUACAUAGAAAAAUAAAGAAUAUAUAUAUA